AUGUCUGCUCCUCUGAUCGUCCUCCCUCGCCCCGGCGAGACAGCAACUGCCAAACCAAUUCCGGCCCCGUCCGAAGCAGCCUUCAUCCAGACUUUCGGGCAGCUCUUGCCACCGGCCUCUUAUCUGCACACGCCGAACGGCAGAGUCGCCUACUACCAGCUAUCGCCAUCCGCCAAUGACGCUGCCACCAGCAUUCGCCGGGUCCUGUUUGUCCACGGCGUCCAGACACCGGCAAUCGGGUUGCAGCCGCUAGCAAAGGAACUGUCAUCUCGGUUCCCAUCCGCUCAAUGUGUCCUUGUCGACCUCUGGGGCCACGGGCUUACAGAUACGCCCUUUGCUCCUCAUGAGCCGGCCCUCUUUCAUAAACUCCUUGAGGCUCUGAUGGCGCAUCUGGACUGGCCCGAUGCUCACUUGAUUGGGUACUCGUUUGGUGGAUCGACGACGGCCACCUUGGCAGCCGCUCGCCCUGGCCUUGUCUCGUCGAUGGUCCUUGUUGCGCCAGCAGGGUUGCUGCGUGAGGCCCAGUUUAGCGAAACAGAAAGAAUGUAUUUGCGUGGUGGCAACGGACUGGAAGAGGCAGCAAAGGAUUGGAUUCUCGAGUUUCUCGAGGGAGGGCAGUUGGUUGUCCCAUCGGACUGGAAGGAGAGAGUUGCACGAGGCGAAGUCGUUGCAGAGGCUGUUAGGGACUGGGAACUGAAGGAGCAUCGGGGGCAUUUGGCGAGCGUCGUGGCUGUCUUCAGGGAUGGCGGAGCGCUGGACAGGCACGCGGACUUUGCUCGAGCCGCAGCGACUGGUAUUCCAGCAUUGGGUGUCCUCGGUGAGACGGAUGAGGUUUGCAGUGUCCAGGAUCUGCACGAAGUUGGGUUCAAGAAUGUUGCUGUCAUUCCACAAGUAGGGCAUGGGGUAGCCAGGCAGAGGGUGUCGGAGGUUGCCCAGCUCAUUGAAGGAUUCUGGAAGGACUUUGUAAGGGAUGACAAGGAUCGCAUGGUCGCACUGGCCACUUUUGUAUUUGUUGAAUGGAGAGGCACAGAGAGACGCGGCGAGGCAGGUGCGCUUACAGAUAUGUUUGGCGUCUGCGUAUCCCUGUUGGAGUGUCACAUUGCAAGCAUCAGAUGGGACUACAUGCACCUCGUCGAACGACUUGACGGAAAUGUUAAACUUUAUUCGCCAGGCAUUGUGGAUGAUGAUGUCCACGGACUGCAGCCUCCCCUCAUAUUUGGAGCCCUCAAUGCCGAGGUGAGGUCUGCCCAGGGAGGUUUGGACGAGCUCGACUGUGUCAGGAGUGCUGGGAUCUAA